AUGUCAUAUAUAUCCAACCUACUUUCCCAGGUAAUGUCAAACUACACCUGUCGUGACGGGCUCAUCAUUCCAGCAUUAGCAGUCACGCCAAGAAAUGCUGUCCUCUACCUCAUGGGAUUGUUUUAUAUGUUUCUUGGAAUCGCCAUAGCUGCUGAUGUAUUUAUGUGUUCGAUAGAAAGGAUUACUAGCACAACGAGGCGAGUACGCAAGAAGCAUGACAAGGGUGUGCUAAUGGCUGGCAAUCUGCCAGAAGAGGAAGAGUACGAAGAGGUGAAAGUGUGGAAUCCUACGGUGGCGAAUCUCACUUUGAUGGCUCUUGGCAGCAGCGCACCGGAGAUACUUCUUUCUAUCAUUGAAAUUGUUGGAAAUGGUUUUCGGUCCGGCGAUCUUGGACCAGGAACUAUCGUCGGUAAGCGAAUUGGUACUUAG